AUGUCGACUUUUGGCUUCGUGCCUGAUCUUUUAGAUGAGCGCUACCUCGGACGAGUGCGAGAUGUGGUUGGCAAUGUCGAGCCUAUGCCGAAGCUUGUCCCUUACGACGAGUACAAGCAGGCCGUCAUCGUCUACCGCAUGGACAGCGAACACGACAAGUUUUUGUUCCAAAUUCAAGAGUAUACAAAACUCAUGUCGGAGCUGUUAGGCAAAGAGCUGUGGACGUAUUAUGUGCAGUGGGAGGUCGACAACAGCAACAGCGUUCCCAUACCCACGCCAAAGAAGCCUCGACUACAAAUCCCCCAGCACGAACCUCCUGCCCCCGAAGACCAGACGCCAAGGCGCAAGCCUAUAAUCGAUCAAGUCGACCGAGCCAUCAUCGACCCGGAACUGAUACAAGAAGAGGAAAUGCUGAGAGUCCUCAUCAACAUUGUGCAGGUUGAGAGUAGCAUGGUGCCCAAUGUUGUAGAAUGGCUUUACCGCUGGAUCGACUAUCUGGAGGGAGACGGGAAGGCUCUGAAAGCAGCGCUGAAGUGGGAGAUCCCGAGCUUGUGGGACUUCGACCAUCACCCGCUUGUGGUCUCCGGCGAGAUGAAACGGAGGCUAGAGGCAAUGAACACGGAGAUGAGCCAAGAGAAAGACGCGAUCAAAGCGAAUGUUAAAGAUGGAAACGCGUUGGAACAAAAGAUCGAAGACAACGAGCGUCUGAAGUACCGCGAAGUGAGAUAUGGUAUUCGACUACCAAAGGAUGAACAGCCGCUUCCACCUCUCUUCAACAUCCCCCUAGACGAAGACAAGCGCAAGAAGUACUACGACGCCUGCUACCGAUCACGCCACCGCGCUCUCGUUCUCCUUCUCGAAGCCGGCAUCAGCUUGCAGCAAAUCAGUAGUUACGUGAAGAAACAAGGUGUCCAUCCACGCGAUACACCAAUAAACGAAACAGACAAGGAACUGAUGGGUUUGAAGCAUUAUCGCAAGGACGCAGAGGCCGGCCAAGACUAUUUCAAGCUCAGAGCGACGCAGCAGAUACGGACGCUGAAGCAGACUGAGAUCGCCAUGAGCGACGAACUGGCUCUUGAGGGACAACAAGCCACCAGAGCUAGUGUCGCUCCACCCCGGUCGUAUGUGACCGAUGUCCCACAUGCGCCCGUAUACGUUCCCCAAAAUGUUGUUGCUGAGAGCCUAUGGAGCAAGAUACAGGCGGCGAAAGCAAAGAACGUUGAUAUAACCAACUACGUUCCAACGCCGCUUGUUGGAGGGAUGAGAAGCGCGUACCUGGAGCUUGCCCGAGACAGACGAGAGAUGAAAACUCCGGUCAUGUCGGACUAUCGAUCGAGAGGUCCACAGCCAGACCUUAAUUACGUCCCACACUACACGUCAGACCCCGAGGGAGACUCUGAGGAGGACGACAUCGAUGCUGAUGAGAGUGAGGAAGGAGGAGACGAUAACGGCGAUGACGAUGAUGAGAUGGAUGACGGAAGCGGCGAUAAUCUCAUACCAUCAUCAACACAUUCUGCGAGCGCUCCAACAUUGAACCACCCAUCCGCACCGCCCAGCGCUACUCUAUCCAGCGUACAAUCACCUGUCCUCAGAUUCGGGGGACCGCCACCUACGGGCCCUAGGCCAGUACAGUUUCCGCCGUUCCCAGCUCCGGUAGGGCAGACGCAUCCAAAUGAACCGCUGACAGAUGAGCGAAGGGAGGAACUGAGGCAUAUGCUUGCAAUCAUAACGGCACCUACUCAAGCACCAGCGGCCAGUCAUUCGACUUCUAGACCGUCAAAUCAGGCAUAUUCGAGCAUGGCGCCAGCGAACGUGAAUCAGACAAAUUACUUCGUACCAUCUCAGCAAACGCCAAGGCCUGCGACCACAAGCAUGCAUGCUGGAGGAGCAGGUUCACCACAGGCUCCUAGGACCUCAAUGACUUUUCAGCCCCCAGUGUUAACUAGACCAACAUUGAGGCCCAUCGUCCCGGAACCCCAACGACCGACUCUGCCUGGACAGUCUCCUCAUGCCCAACCGCUAGACUCUAUUGCGCCUCCAGCUUCAGGGCCAGGAAGAUGGACUAUGGAGCACUUUCAAAUCAAUUCUAGGGCUCGGCCUCCACCACAUCCAGCUCCUUUUAACCCGCCACCUGGGUUCGCUUCAAGUGAAGUGAGGUAUCACAAUUCGAAUUACCCUAAUACCAACCCUCAGCCUCCUCAGAUCUCACGGCCUUCACAAGCUAUGAUGUCAAAGCCACCCGUGCUUGGGUUUCCUCCGUUACCCGGCAGGUCGAAUGCAUAUCCUCCGGUAAAUAUGAACAGUAUAAACGAUCCACAAGCUGCUCAGCAACGUCGUUCAACCCCAGUACAGGUCCCGAACCAGUACGCUCCUCCAGUCAUGCAGCCUCCGCGACUACAAACCCCUGUAAUACAGUCACAGGGACGGCAACCUCCUACAACGCAACCACCGAGACAACAGUUCCCAGGCAUGCAGCCACCAAGACUACAAUUUCCAAACACGCAAAACACUUCCCAGAAUGUACACCCAGCACCGUCUUGGCCCGCAGCUCCAUCAAAUACAGUGCCUACAAUGGCCAUGACCACUCCAUCUUCUACACCACCACAGCAACCUAAUCAGCAACACCCAAACGCUCAGGUCAGUCGUGCGCGAGCCAUGCUCCAGGCGGCCACCAGACCAACAAUCCCAGUACCUAUGCCGCACUCAAUGCCACACUCAAACACUGGAAGAGUACCGUACUUCCCAGAUCCACGAGCAAUGAACCAAGUCACUACACCAGGAAUCCAGCGUAACGCCCCAGCACCUCUGACUCUACAACCCUCAACCCCCACCCCCACCCCCGGCCCCCUAACAUCACUCGCCGAAAGCAUACUCGCCACAACCCCCUUCCGCUCCACUGCCCGCGGCACCCCGAUACAAAUUUACUUCCCCAAAAUCGUCGUCCCAGGAAACGGCAUCGGGCCCGGCGGCACCAAGCUCGGCGACGACUACCACAUCGAAACCGACGCCCUAAUGCUCGGCCACACGAUCCCCGGCAGCGGAGAAAUCACACUCGAGCGCGCGCUCUUCAUGCCGCUAGGCUGCUGGACAAACACCAUUAAGCGCGUGCGUGCUGGCCACGCCGACGUGCUCGAAUCAUAUCCCUCCUCUUUCGGAUACAAUGAUAUUAAGCUUGGCGAGCCGAAACCCUGCCAUCUCGCGGCUUACGCCAAACUCUCAAAAGCACUCUCAUUCAUGGUGAGCGCCCCGAAGGCGCGCGAGGAAUUGUUGACGAAGCGCUGGCGCGUGACUCCUGGCCCGCUGACGCAGAUUGAUCGGGGCGCGGUGUGGGAGGGGUGGGGUGUUAGUAUUGAUCGGCCAAUUGGAAUGACGAGGGCGGAGAGGGAGGGUGUGAUGAGGAUGAGGUGGGUUAUUGAUGAUGGAAGUGAGAGGGUGAGGAGUGUGGAGGAAGAGGAGAAAUGGAAGGAGAUGGAGGAUUUUAUGGAGGAGGAAGGGGAAGGUUGGGAUUUUGAGGAUGAUGAUGAAAUGGAGGAGUAG